AUGAGCUCCCUGGUGCAGAGAAUCGCUCGCCAGGCCCUGCUCACCUUCAGACCCCCGCAGUGGAGCAGCAGCAGCACCGCGGAGGAGGCGGGGAGGCUCUUCCAGGAGAACCAGAGCCUCCUCCACAGCCUCAUGUCCGAAGUGAGUGCCCAGGAUCUGAGGCUCACCCCGCGGACAGCUGCCUCCUCUGGCCGGCCCUCAGCCUUCGCGCCCCCGGUCACCUACAUGCACAUCUGCGAGACGGACCACUUCAGCAUGGGGGUGUUUCUGCUGAAGAGCGGUGCCUACAUCCCGCUGCACGACCACCCGGGCAUGCACGGCGUCCUCAAAGUCCUGUACGGGAAAGUACGCAUCAGCUGCUUCGACAGGCUGAGCGAGGAGCCCCCUGGAGCCCCAUACACGCCUCCCCUCUCCGGCCUCCUGCGCCUCUCUCUGCUGCGCUCCUCAGGGGAGUACGGCCCUCAGAGCGGCCCCUGUGUGCUGUCUCCAGAGCAGGACAACCUUCACCAGAUCCAGGCUCUGGACGGGCCCUCAGCCUUCAUGGACAUCCUGGCCCCUCCCUACGACCCCGACCACGGCAGAGACUGUCACUACUACACUGUGCUGAGCGAGGGACAGGCCGCAGAACCACCAGGACCACAGGGGCCCCCAGGACAGCAGGUGUGGCUGCAGGAGGUGCCUCAGCCUGCUGACUUCUGGUGCGGAGCGGAGCCCUACCCCGGGCCCCCAGUGUUCCUCUGA